ACUGUACAUCGUCGCGACCUCAAGACUAGCUUACGCCGACGCCGACAACAAAAUGGUUAACAUUCCCAAGACUCGCCGGACUUACUGCAAGGGCAAGACCUGCAAGAAGCACACUCCCCACAAGGUGACCCAAUACAAGAAGGGCAAAGAUUCAUUAUUCGCCCAGGGAAAGCGUCGUUAUGAUCGCAAGCAAUCAGGGUAUGGUGGUCAGACCAAGCCUGUCUUCCACAAGAAGGCAAAGACGACCAAGAAGGUCGUACUGCGGUUGGAGUGCACAGUGUGUAAAUACAAGAUGCAACUUUCUUUGAAGCGUUGCAAGCACUUCGAGUUGGGUGGUGAGAAAAAGACCAAGGGUGCCGCCCUUACCUUCUGAUCGUCUCAGAGUCGUUGUUUUUGUUUUUUUAUACACUGCCAUAUCUACCAAGCCACUAUGACAUGCAAUAAACCCUAUGCAUCUCAUGACUUA